AGAGCAGGGGGCGUGGCCCGAGCCGAGCUUGGGGCUUUUGCUUUCCUUCCCGUUUCCUCCGCUGAGUGAAUGGGUCCGGCCGCCUGCGCCAAGCGAUGAGAGCCAAGGCGGCGGGCGCGGAGCCGGGGGCGGCUGCAGCUGCUUCUUCUUGUUCGGCGGCGGCGGCUUCCCCGCUGUCAAGGCUGCUCUCCGCCCUCUUCUACGGGAUCUGCUCCUUCGCCAUGGUCCUGCUCAACAAGGCGGUGCUGACCGGUUACAGAUUCCCAUCUCCAGUGUUUCUUGGAGUUGGACAGAUGGUAACCACUAUUCUGAUUUUGUAUGUUUCAAAAUUAAACAAAAUCAUUCACUUCCCUGAUUUUGACAAGAGUAUUCCUAAGAAGCUGUUUCCGCUCCCUCUGAUUUAUGUCGGAAACCACAUAAGUGGAUUAUCAAGCACAAGCAAGUUAAGUUUGCCAAUGUUUACAGUCCUUCGGAAGUUUACCAUUCCUCUUACAUUAGUCCUUGAAGUUGUUAUACUUGGGAAACAUUAUCCACUGAGCAUUAUAAUGAGUGUGUUUGCAAUCAUCCUGGGUGCAUUCAUAGCAGCAGGAUCAGACCUGGCUUUUAACUUGGAAGGAUAUGUUGCUGUUUUACUGAAUGAUGUCUUCACUGCGGCAAAUGGUGUUUACACCAAACAAAAAAUUGACCCUAAGGAGCUGGGAAAAUAUGGAGUCAUUUUUUAUAAUGCCUGUUUUAUGAUAAUUCCUACAGUUCUCAUAAGUUUUUUCACUGGAGACUUUCAGAAGGCCAUCGAUUUCAAGCAAUGGACAAAUAUUUUAUUUGUCUUCCAGUUUCUCCUAUCCUGUGUACUGGGGUUUCUUCUGAUGUAUUCUAUAGUCCUCUGCAGCCAUUAUAAUUCUGCCCUUACCACCACAGUGGUUGGUGCUAUAAAGAAUGUGAGCAUCGCUUAUAUUGGAAUGCUGGUCGGAGGAGACUACAUCUUCUCUGUGCUGAAUUUCAUUGGGCUCAAUAUCUGCAUGGCAGGAGGGUUGAGAUACUCGUUUCUAACAAUACGGGGGCAGGACAGUCUUAAGCACCCCAUAGAUGAAGAAAAGGCAAUGCCAGAUGCAAAGAGCUGACUGAAGGAAGUAAAAGAAAAACUGUAAGACUCCCAGAAAUUCUAGAAGUUAAGGCUAACAGGUGUUGAAGAGGAAUGCAAAAUGAGAACUUUGCCUCAUCUUGCAUUGGAGAAUCACAGACCAAGCCAUCGUUUUUGUCAAAUGAUGACAAAUGGAAAAGUGUGGACUGCAGAUGCAUCUGGUUAUCCCUACACCAAGGCCAAUUAUUUAAGAUUUUGCAUUCUUCAGGAUGGAUGGCAUGGUUUGGUAAUGUCUUAGUUCAUCUCUGAGAAGCCUUAGAAAUGUCUAAAAGUGGAUUCUUUGCUCAGCCUAGGAUUUUGUGCAAUUACCAUGGGUGUAGGCUUUCCGACAUCUUGUCUCAUCUAUGGUUGCGGGAUACAAGCCAAAAUUCUAGCUUUUUAAAAAAAUGACUUGCUAACUCAGGGGUUUGUGGAUCAACUACAAAUUAUUGAAGAAUUACCAGCUGUUUUGCACAAGUUGUCCUUAUUGAAAAAUUCAGGGCCUUAUUUGCUUUGUACUUGAAUUGUCAAAUUUUAUCUAUAGUUCACCUGAUGGAUGGAUGGUUCUAUCAAAGGGCAGAGAAUUGGAUGAUGUGUUCUUUUGACGCCACACAGCUGAAUAAUGCAACCAGUGAAAGCCAGAACCUUUGUUGUAUUUCUAAGAAUUUUCUAGGUCCUCCUAGUGGUUCUAUGAUAUGCUUCCUUUAGAAGUUACCAUAGAGUUGCAUUGGUUAUUGGGGAUAGAACUAGGCAUUCUUCAGUUUCAGAUAACCAUGGUCUGACUGGGAAUAUGUCCUCCACAGAUAAAGGGGCAUUUACACAACUUUCUGUGAUUCUGUGAUUCCAGCCAAUUUUGUGGCUUCAGGGGGCUCCAAUGUGAUUGACCUACUUGAUGCAGUCAAUUGUCCUGGGACUGACUGAAUGUACAGAAAUGGCACCUGUAAUGCCAAAUACAUGUUCUGCCAGGGUGGCUAAAAGAAGAAUUUGGAGACUUCUGACACUUGGUAGUUUGUAUGCUUACUUCUCAGAACAGAAUUCUGCACAUAGGAAAGAACAUUUCAACUUUAUUGUUUACAGCAUCUCAAAAACCCACUCUGACGGGUUGAGGUACCUUCCAAAAUGGCAUAGGAUGUGGCAUUUGAGGUGGGUCUGUUGUGCAAUACAGAGAUUAUUAACAAUUGGGGACCUUCUUGUUUUCUAGUCUCAGGAGCUUUGUCCACCACACUCUUAUAUCUGAUCAAAAAUAAGAAAUAAGAGCAAACUUUACUCCAGGCAUCAGUGAUCUUUUAGUUGCAUCAGUAAUGAUGGAGUCCAACAACAACUGGAAAGCCAAAGAUUUCUUACCCCUUAUAUAAUAAAUAAGUGGGUAGGAUUAUGAUGUGUCUUUUUUAUAUAAAUCAUGAAAAUGAGAUUGCAUGUGUUUACAAGAUGUUUGUACUUCUAAUUAAAAUGUCAACUCUCUGUGUCUUUUCCAUAUUUUAAACCAUCAUAUUCAUAAUACAUGCAACCCCCAACUUACAAACAAGAUAGGUUUGUUCUUAAGUUGAAAGUCAGAACAGGUACAUUUUUCAAGUGUAACUCCCAUGAUCUCUCUCUCUCUCUCUCUCUCUGUGUGUGUGUGUGUGUAUAGAUAGAUAGAUAGAUAGAUAGAUAGAUAGAUAGAUAGAUAGAUAGAACAAGCAAGCUUUGGAUAGAAUAGAGAAGAGUUAACAGUUCUGUGGUGUUUGUUUUGCUUUCUGUGCCCCUGUUCAGAAGAUUUAAACUCACUUUCUGUCCCUGUGAGAAUUGGAUUUUGAAAAAAAUGGCUUGUUGUGGAAACAAGGACUGGUGCUAAAACUUCAGUGGAGACAUCUUUUCCCCAUCAUAACUCUUCCAUGACUGAAUUUCCCUUCCUAGGGACAGAUUUAUUUCAUGUUCUCUCACCCCAGUUCUUAACUAUGAGUUGUUUGUAAGUCAGAUGUUUGUAACCUGGGGAGUGUCUGUAAUCAUACUAAUGAAAAAGAAAUAAAAUCUGUAUUUGCAAAAAGCAAAUCUUCAGAAGAUCAAAGAAGAAACUUGCAUGUAAACUUUUUAUAACAUGUAUAACAUCUUGGCCACACAUAUUUCACACAUUAAAAUUCUUUAAAUAGUGCCUGUAGUUCAGUGCCUUGCACAGACUUUGAAUGGAGAUGCUCCAGUCCUCAGCAUCCACAUUUUUACAAAAAAAUGGAAGUAAGAAUAGUGGCAGUUGGUGAAUUGCAUGGUAGCAGAGUGAUGAAUCCACUUGGGUUUUAAAAGAAUUUUCAAGAAACUAUCCAAAGUGACAAAUAUAUUAAGCUGUAUGAAGGUUCAGCAUGUUGAGUAUCUUCAUUGAAAGUAAAAUCUGAGGACUGAAGUAGCCUCACUAAUCACCACUAAGUAGGAACAUGGACACACAAAAACUGCUGUCUGUCAAAAUAUAUUAUGACUUGAGGACUAAGUGAAAUAGAGACUAUGGUCUGAAUCCAGAGAGGGCUCUUUUAUCUGUGAUUAAAUAGCUGUAAUUUUGUUGAACAAAUGUCUCUAAAUGUUGCUAGGAUUUGUGAACUGAUAAGUGACUGUAUUAUAUGUGUGAGAAAAUGAAUAGAUGGAUGAAAAGGUGUCUGUGAGAAAAGAAUGUAGGUAGGUAUAUGGAUAGAGAUUGUGUGUGUAUGAGAACAAAUAGAUGAUGAAGGAAAGUUGCUCCAACUUUCAGAUCCUUUUGGUUGCCUUUUCUGUGCCCCUUUUUAGCUCAUCAGUAAUAUGUUGGAAGUUUGCUCAAAGAUACCACACUUUGGGCAGAUUUAAUUUUGAUUCCUUCAACAUGGAAUUUUCCUCUUUUCAUAAUGAGUGUAAACUGAAUCAAUAUUUUUAUCCAGUCACUCACCACAAUCCUAAGAUCCCGCUCCAGGUCAGCCACAUUGCUACAGAUAUGAAAAAGAGGAAAUCUCAGAGAAUUACAACAGCAUUAUCCCUUGUAUUAUACUUCUUUGAAUACUGCCUUGUAAUUGGUCUUGUUCCAGUUUUGUACUGAGCUACAAGAAUUUGUGGGGAUGUUUCACAGGGAAAUUUGUGUUAGGGUACCAUGCACAUUUUAAUGUCUCUUGCUUAAGGUAACAUUUCCACCAUUGACUAAAGCAUGUUUAUGUGAAUUUUUAAAUGGUAAGCAUUUCUUUAGUUAUUCACAUUUUGAGAUAUUAAUGUUGUUUUAGGCAUGUAUUAUUUAUCUGAAACUGCAGCAAACUUCACACAUGUGGGGGUUGGAGAGGCAAGGUGCCUUUCAGAUACUUUGGGUUACAACUCCUGCAUCUCCUUACCAUUGGCCAUGGUGAGCUGGGACAUCUAAGAAUUGUAGACCAAAAUUUGUGGGAAGGCAAACGUUUCCCACUCCUGACUUAGGGGUACAAAUGUGCUUCAAUAUAAAUGGGCCAUUGUUCAGUCAGUCUCUCUACAUGAUCAGCAUAGAACAAGGAGAUGCUUUAUUCUCUGUGGAUACAGACACUACACAAAUCCACCCAUUGUCCCUGUUUCUUUGUUCAUUUCAAAGAACACCAGUUAUUAAAGAAAUCUGCAUACAGAGAAGUUCUCCAUAAUUGUAAGAAAAUCACAAGGGGAAAAUACAUCUUAAGCACAGGGAAAAAAGAAGAGGUGAUAGAAAGGUCUGAUGAACUUUUGCCUAGUAAAGCCUUCCUCAAGGGACUAUAUAAAAUCAUAAGAUGUCCUUGAAUGUUAUCUAUGUUUUUUUUAUCAUCUGCUUGCAAGAUAUUAAAAACUUUAAGACCUUGUUCACAUGCUUUCAUUUGUCCAGUAAAUGUUGCGAGAGUUCCUGGUUCAGAAAUGUCUACAGUUUGUUUCUAAGUAGGUAUGUACAGGAAAUGGGCAAUGCAUAAAUGUAAUGAUUUUAUGUGAUGUGGCAUUAGGUAUUUAUAUGAUACCCUUUGAUGUUGCCCUCUAAGAAGGUCCUGCAGACCAAAAGGCAUUGGGCUCUUUCACCAAUAAACAACCAUCUUUUGAA